CUGCUCCUCUAUAAACGACUUCUUCUAAUGUACGUAACAGAUCAACUUGGUUCUCAUUCAGAGACGGAAAUAUUUAUUAAAUCGACUUCGUUUAAAAUUAAUAAAGUUUUAUAAAAAGAAAUGAAUUUGAUAAUUCGUUCGAUGGUAUUACUAAUGCUAUUCCUGAUAAUUAAUAAUGGUAAAAAUGAAUUUGUUGAAGCAACGUUUAAUUUUAUAAGUGAUUUUAUACAAUACAACGUAGCUGGUAUACCUGUUAUACACCAAGAAACUAAAUGGAAAUUUGAUCCGGAAGUUGGAAAAAAGAGAAGAGCCAAAUACGAAGCAGAAAAUGGUUAUCACGGUGAAAAAGCUAUAGCUAAAUUAAGUAUGGGGAUUGGAUAUUUAGAGCCAUAGGAUACGGUAGUUAAAAACAAAAACUGACUGAGUAACAUUAAAAGGAAAUAUUUUUGUUCUGUAAAUAUAAAAAAUGGGAUUUGUAAAAUUAUUCUCUAUAAUAAAUAAAUCAUUCAAACAAAA